AUGGCGCAAUCCAAGCCUAAGAAAACCGCUGCAAAAGCUGACAAAUUGAGCUUUUUCAGCCAAAAAGGAGCGACAGCAUCUGAGGCCGCACGGCUAGCCACGCAAGAUUGCGCCGAAAACUACAACCCGAAAAGCGCCUCUCACACAGAAGAAGAACCCAGUUCGCCACAGGGCCUUACAAGAGAUUACUUUGAGAGGGCCAUGGAGGCUAUGGCAGAAAAACUGAUCUCCACCUGGAAAUCAACGGCGGACCAAAGUACGGCACCUCUCCUCCAGAACCUCCCACGUGGAGCAACAAUGCUUAACUUAACAUCUCAGCAAACAGAAACAAAAGACCACCUACACAGUUUACAACAACAACUGGAGGCAAUGGAAGUACGCAUGGCAAACUACGAAGACAGGGCACGACGAAACAACCUACGAUUAAGAGAAGUCGGUACUCACAGAUGA